AUGGGAAUGUGCAACUCAAUGCCCGCUAUCCUCAAGGACUCCGCUGCCUCCACGUGGCUCUCUGUUGCCGUCGACGACAGCAAAAUGUACGUGACAGAUAAAAACACCAGUUUAACCUACACGUUCGAUCCAGAUUCCAAGACGUGUUGUGGACCGUACGAUCUGUGUCCCGACGCGACGGUGUUCGGCGUCGUGACGGGAUUUGCUAAUGGCCGCUUUAUUUUAGUGGAGGCUGUCGGAAUCGCGGUGAAUUUGAAAACCGUAAAAAUGUGGGAAGUGAACGGGGUGUCGCUUGAGUGCAAAAAGUUGAUCGGGGAGAUGCCGCCGGUGAUGGUGGAGAAGCUGAAGGGUGAGACCGACUCCACGGGCACGGUUUCGAUGAGCUGCACGAGAGAUAUGGUGUGCCUGCAUAACACUUGGCCGCGGGAGGAGUUGAUCCUCUGCGAGCUUGUCGAUGGCGGGUGCAGGCGGGGGAGCGUACGGAAUGCGGUUGUGAACGACGGCACCCGAAUGCAGAAGUUGGUGGUGACGUGUUCGAAUGUUGGUCUACCGGAUUUGCAUAAAGCCGAACAACUUAGAGCGCUGAAAGUGGUUUGA